AUGGCGGGUGGCAUGGAGUUUAAGCUAAACGGAUUCGUUGUGAAAGUGCAGCCGACGCUGGAGACGGCGGGACAGAUGGCGGAGAUAGUUGCAGGCGCGAAGGAGCGAUCGGAGGAGUUAGAAGCGCAGGUGAAGAGGCAAGACGAGGCCAUGGCAGCUCUGAAGCGAGAGCCGGCGCCGAAUGACGAGGCGCUUAUGGCCCUGGUGGAGUGCAUGAUCGCGGCGCGGGUCAAGGACGUGCGGGACGAGCUCGAGUCGCAAGUGAAGGGAUUGAAGGAGCAGGUGGAGGCGGCGAGACGCGAGGCGAGGGACGCCGCGAGGGAGGUGAGGGCGUUGAGCAAGCGGCAGUCGGCGGAGAUAGCGGACGUGCGAGCGACAGCGGCGCACAUUGACGCGCGGAUGAACGACGUGGAGCUGGCGGUGGCGGAGUGGAAGGACGCGCGGGAGACGACACGCGCGGAGCGCUGCAACAACAACGACGGCAGCGCGGGGCAGAAUGCAGAUGCGGAGCGGCGCGAGGGAAAGAAGAGGAAGAGGGAGGUUACUAGAAAUCGCGAUGAGCUGGCAGACUCUGCUGGUGCGGCAGAUGAUGCUGAGGACGAUGAUAAUGAUGAUGCGGCUUCUGAUGAAAAGCGAGAUGAAGGGGACGACUCGGAAUGGGAGGAGGAAUGGCAGGAGGUGAAGACGACGGUAGUGGCGGUGGGAACCAGAGUGGCGAAGCUGGAGAAGACGAGUGACGAGGGGAAGAGGGUGUGGGAGGCAAUGCUCACUCUGUGGGCGGCAGCAGCACCAGGGCAGACUCGAAUGAACCUCAGCGGCAUCUCCUGCCUCUCCGACGCUGCUCUCACCCGCCUGGCCUCGUUGCGCCACCUCAUAUUCGUCGACCUCAAAGGCUCCUCCGGCUUCAGUGCAUCAGGGAUGAGGCAGCUGUACUCCCUUGCAGGCCUGAACCAUCUGAUAUUUGGGGCCAUCGAUGCAACUGAUGCCGCUCUGGAAGGCAUUUCCCGCCUGGCGAACUUGCGCAUCCUGGUUCUUGACUACACAAAGAUCACAGACGCAGGAGUGGCGAGGCUGCAAGAGCUGUCCGGCCUCACAGCGCUGUCCAUGACCGGAUGUGCGUCUGUGAGCUCUGCCAGCAUGGUGCAUGUGGGCAGAAUGACGUCACUGCAGUUUCUCACAUUGAACGCUAGUGGAGUCAAGGAGGAUGGGCUGCAGCAUCUGACUGCCCUCACGUCUCUCACAGUCUUCACUUUGCCCCCAGGAGUGACUGACUUGGGCAUAAGGCAUCUGAGGAAUAUGAAGCACCUUCAGAAGCUGGCACUGUGGGAUGCCAGCAUCACUGCAUCAGGUAUGAUGUGGCUCCAAAAGGUUGCAACUUGUUCAUACAAGAUGGAGGAAUUGAUAAGGGACAAUCUCCCUGGAGUAGUUAUAUCGGGUACACUCAAUGACUGA